AUGCCGCCGUCCCAGUCCCGGGAGCUGCUGAGCCCGGCGCCGCGCCCCUCCAAGAUGGCCGCUACUAUCAUGUCGCUGCGGUACCGCGGCUCGGCACCUCUCGGUGAGGAGCCGGCCGAGGAGGAACACCAGGAGGGCACGUCUGUGGAGCAGCGGCUGCGCCGUCUGGCUCUCACCGACCUCGAGUCCAUGUUCAUCAUGUUGUACGCUCAGGAGACCGAACACGUACUCUGUCGCCUGGACUGGAAUCCGUCCGGCCAGCUGACGGUGCGACCCGACUUCAGCCGCGGCGCGCAGCCGUACAGGUAUCAGGUGGGAGAGGGCCAGAAGGGGCUGUACGCCUACUGGCUGGAGUGGUGCCGCCCGACCGAAGAUGGGCGGCAGGCGCCAUCCGGCCCACGGCCCCAGCUGGUGUCGGCCCGCGGCUUUGAGCGCGAUAACCUCUUCAUCCACUACUUCAUGGAGCUGCCCAGGGGGUGGCGGGCCAGCGCCGACACUCGGCUCGGGGGCGUCACGCAGCUGUGUCGGGCGUCAGCCGCCGGCGACUGCCACUUCGGCUUCCCCAUCAACGCCGAGCUGAUGCUGGGCGCGCCGGACGAGGAGCAGGCGGACGGCUGGCACCGCUGGCCGACGCUGUACGUGGAGGUGUUAUCAGAGGACAUGCUGGGCGUGUGCCGCACCGAGGGCUACUGCCACCUGAGCGUGCCGCCGACGGCCGGCGCGCUGGAGCGACGUCUGGCCGCCUGGCGGCCCACCGGCGACCGCACGGCCCAGCUGCGCCGCUUCUUCAUCGGCGGCUCGCCCGAACUGGAGGACCCCUCGUUCGUGGCCGUGCCGGCCGGGCUUUCAGGGUGACCGCCUGAGCCGCUACGGCUUUCGCACGGAGACGACGGGCGAGGUGGUGGUGCGUCUGUGCGCACUGCACCAGAGCCAGAGCCUGGUGUUGGGCGGCGACGGUCGGACGG